CAUGGUGGGGAAGUGCGUGUUUUCCUUCGAGAUUUUCGUGAAAAUUGUUUAAUAUCCCAAUCUUCUUGUGAAGUUAUUCAGCGGAAUCUCUAAUGGGUCAAAUAUUCCAGAGCAGCGUGCUCAAUGUGACCCAAAACAGUGAAAAAUUCCCAAUGUCGGUGGUUAAUAAGUGUGACUGGAUGUUUUUGGAGAGCUGCAAAAUCCAGUUUUUCCUGACCAGCAAGACUAAGAAGGACCAAUUCUUGGCAAGGGCGAUUUACAUGAGUAACGCUCCUUUUAGUCUGGUAAACGACAAAUAUUGGAAAGAAUUCUUUAGGAUCGAUGGUUAUACACCUCCAGAUCGGCAUCAGAUUGCUGGUCCGAUGUUGGACGAAGAGUUCCGGAAAGUGGAGAGCAGUGUAUCAUCAAAGGUGGCUCAGGCAAGAUCUCUAAGCAUAAUGUUAGAUGGAUGGUCUAAUAUCAAUCAAAAAUCGAUCAUCAAUUUGUUGUUGACCACACCGGAACCAAUUUUUGUGAAGUCAAUCGACACAAAAUUGAACAGCCACACGGCAUCUUAUCUCGCAGGGAUAUUACGUGAAUGCAUCCUGGAAAAUGGAGAGGAGAAAAUUAUAAGCAUUAUAUUGGAUAAUGCUUCAGCUAAUGUAUCAGCCAUGAAAAUCCUAUCUAAAGAAUUCCCCCAAAUUCAAAUGCAUGGCUGUAUUUGUCAUGUGAUAAAUUUGCUUAUAGUGGACUUCAGAAAACUUGAAAAAGUGGCAACAAUAUUGAAUGAAGCAAAGGAAGUUGUGAUCUCAGUAAAAGCUUGUCACUUCACGAAGGGAUACUUGGAUGAAAUGGGUGGGGAAUCACUAAAGUUAUUUGUGCCUACUAGAUGGCUGUCUGCGGGGAACAUGUUUCGUAGUCUUAUUUCAAACAAGAAACACCUGCAAGCACUCGCCAUUGAAGACAGGAUUAGUCCAAAAUUGAAAGAACUUUUAUUAAAAACUGUAUUAAAUGACUCGUUUUGGAAGCAGAUUAUUGAGCUGAACAAGAUCAUUCAAGCCAUUAAUACUGCAGUGAGAUCAAUGGAGUCGAACUCAUGUCCUAUGGGCGAGUGUGUUAACACGUUUUCGGAUAUCGAAAAAACCAUCGAAGACAUUGGAAUUGGUCAUAGUCUGUGGGAUGAGAAAGGGUAUAUGCAGAAUUUUCUCCUCAAGAGACGCGAAAUGGGCCUAAAACCCCUGCAUUUUGCAGCACACCUCUUGAAUCCCUACAAUAUUGAAAAGCCUUUACAACCUGAGGAACACCAGGUUGCAAUGAAAUUUCUUAUUUCAAGAGCGCAAUAUGAAAAGGCAGACGUUGCAAUGCUUCUAUCCGAGUUCGCACAAUUCAGAUCAAGAGAAGGAGCUUACGCCGAUAAUCACUACUAUGCGGUUCUGACAAAUCAUCAAGUCCUGACUCCACGUACCUGGUGGAAAACAUUUUUCCCGUGGUCCUAUCUCUCUAAAAUGGCUGUCAAGAUAUUGGAGACGCCACCAAGUACGGCUGCAGUAGAAAGGAGUUUUAGUUUGCAAAAAAAUAUUCAUAGCAUUGUCAGAAACCGUCUGGACCAUCAAAAAGUGCACAAAAGUAUGUACGUCAAAAUAAAUUCUAUGGCUCUAGAUCUAGAAGGAAAAAGUCACAAUAUCGCAGUCGCAGCAAACUUUUCGACACACAAUCAAGCGCUGGAGAAUUCAAACGAAGCUGCUAGCAUCGCUCAACCGGAUAAUGAAGAUUCAUGUUGGUUUAUUGGCGAAAUGAGUGAGAGCUACGAUCAGAAUUACGCAUCAAACAACAAUUCGGAUGAAGAAGCAGAAGAGUAUGAAGAGUCGGUCAAUAACAUUCCUGUAAAUGGGGCAGUGUUGGAGGAUGCAGAUGACUCAGAUGACUUCAUCGAGUAUAAUCCAGAAUCACGCGUCGCUGAGAUUAUUGGCAAAGUUCGUAAAGACUACCCCAAUUACGAAGCAACGCUGGAGAGUACAAAUGAGGACAGUGGACAAGACGGUGACAACAUCCCUAUGAAUGAGACAAUGCAGGGGGAUGCAGAUGAUAUAGAUGGCUUUAUUGAAUACGAUCCAGAAUCACCCGGCGCUGAUAUUUACGAAGAAAUCUGGGGGGGUACAGAUAAUCUAGUUGAGUAGGAUCCAAUAGAUUCAUGUGAUAUAGAGCACUAGUGAAGAAUUUUCUUAUUUGAAAAAUUAAUUUAAAGAUUCCAAUAACAAAAAAAGUUAUAUUUUAACGUGAUAGAGGUCCAAGCUUUGUGCCAUUUUAGAAGUAUAAUGAAAUACUCGUGACCUGUUUUAUAAAUUAUAACCAGAAGUGAUAAUUUUGAUCUUAAAACUAGUUUCUUAAAUGUGAUAAUAAAACAAUGAUUUUGAUAUUUUUAA